ACAUGACAACACAGAUUGAAGAACGCUGGACCAACGCCUACUAUUGGCUGGACGCGGGUACGUUUUGGAACUUUUGGAACGCCAAGGUACAAAACUCUUACCCUGGAGUAAGAUCGAGUAAAUUUUGGAACACGGCCUGGGUGAUCUCGGCUCUGAUCUCGGCCGCUGGGGCGCUGGGGCCACAGGUAGGCUUUAUUAAAGAAUACGCAUUGCUUUAUAAACGCAGCACCCCGAUUUGAGCGAGCGCCCGAAAAAGAACUCGGCCUGGCAGCAAAUCCGUGCCACAUCUUGGCAGCUCAACGUGACUAGCAGACGAGGAUGACAGAAAUUACGCAGAAGCCCCUUUGGGACUUCUGGUCUAACUGUUGGGACACUGGAAACACUCCAUGGCACAGGCCGGACAUCCAUCCGUUGUUGACCGAGCACGUGGAUGAAGUCUUGGGCAACAGACGGGACGCCCAGGUGUUCAUUCCGCUCUGCGGCAAGGCCAACGAAAUAAAGUGGUUCUACGACAAUGGGCAUCGUGUUGCCGGACUGGAGUACGUUGAAAAAACGGUGCGCCUGUUCUUCGAGGAAAACAAGCUCUCCUACGUCGAAACAACGUGCCCCGUCAUCAACUGCAAAAUUCUCCAGACUAACGACAAGCGGUUACGUAUCUUCGUCUGCAGCAUGUUCGACUUUAAAAAGGAAUCUGUGGGGCCGGUAGACGUCAUCUGGGACCGAGGCGGUCUUGUAGCAGUGAACAAGGAAGACAGAUUAAGGUACAUCAGCGUCAUGCUGUCCCUGAUGUCACCAGACAGCACAUACACGCUCCUUUCUGUCGUGUACGACGACGACAGCUACACAGGUUUUCCGAAAAGCAUUCCGGAUGACACUGUUCGGGAACUAUUUGGAAAGGAAAUGAAGUUAACAAAGGUGGCCGAAACCACGAGGAAACAGGGCCCCUCCUUCAUCAAGGCGCCAAUUUCGGAAGUCUUCUGGAGCAUCACUUUAUAAAGAGCAGCCUGCAGUCCAUGUCACAGACAUCUCUCCAGUUCCUUCCUCCUGGUACCUUCCAUAUGGCUCCUGCUGGGAAUGGAGGCAACUUGAGCUCUUCUUAAGAAGUCGGAAGAUACAAGAUCAGUUGCUUCUUAGACUUGCAUACUAUUACUGUGGUCUGUUGUAGGUUUAGAACGGCAGGACAAGCCCCUCCCACAAAGCUGUCUGCUCGCCGUGAUUGGCGGUUUGUUCCUUUCCAGCAUUUGCUCUCCUGAAGUGAAAAGAGCAAAGGCCUAUUCUUAACCUGCAACAGAUUAUCUAUAUACAUAACACUGUCCUUUAUCGACUAAAAAAUGCCCAAUAAAUCAAGGUUUUUGAAGAAUA